GUGUUUAUGACUAUACAAUAUGAUCACGUUAUAUCCGAUCAUUGAUCUGACAAAAGUCUACAAAAAUCAACAUAUCUCCAUUGUCUUAUUAAUUUCCUGUCUGUAUUUCUAAAAAUUGAACUACACCAGAAUUCCAUACGGAACUUGAUGGCUUCAAAAAUUACUUUAAAACAUUUGGUAAUUGUUCUUUGUAUAUGCCAAUAUGUUGUCCUGGCGAUUUCGUUACCUUGUGAUUUCAAUGAAAAAUGUCGCUGCACAAAUAUUCCACAACAUGCUGAAAUGGGUAGUGAGGUGAUGCUGAAUGUCGAUUGUUCAAAUAGAAGAUUGCAGGAUGUACCAGAUUUACCAGCAAAUGUGUAUACUUUGAGUUUGAAAAAGAACAAUAUUAAAGUGAUAAACGAUUACCAGUUUAGUCUUUUAAGAAAUCUUUCUGAAUUGGAUUUAUCGUAUAACAAAAUCAAACGUCUCAAUAGAUUUUCUUUCAACGGAUUGUCGAAUCUUCUAAUCUUAAAUCUUAAUAACAACCCCUUACCGUACACUGAACGUGCAAUUCCUAGUGAAGUUUUUAAAUCGUUGAUUUCCCUGAAACAUAUAUGUAUUAGAUUUACUUCUCCAAUUGGAACUUUACUACCAGAAGUAGCGCUAUCAAACUUGAAAUUGCUCGAAUCAUUAGAAAUAGAUAUUCCAUUAAUAACUCCAUACAAAGUCAUUUUCGGUAAAAGUUUUGACUCUUUAGUACAUCUUGAAACCCUUAAAAUUGGUACAUGCUUAGUUUUUGGGAUAAAAAACGACACUUUUUCUCAUCUUGUUUACUUGAAGAACAUAUACUUUGACAUAAUUUGUGAGAUAUUAAUCUUACCUGGAGCACACCAUUGUUUGCAAAAACUGCAUAAAAUAGAAAUGCAUUUUUUCUCACAGUAUGAUGUUUUUUCAAUUGUUCAUGCAACUAUGGAAUUGAAGCUGACACCUGUCCAGACAAUUGUUUUCAAAAAUACAUUUUUUCAUGGAAGAGAAAAACCAUAUUACACAUGGACUGCACUGGCAUCUGGUUUAAAUGGUUCAUCAGUACAAAAUUUGCAACUUACAGGAAACAACCCAGUGAGUUUAUUUCCAUUAUCCAAAAUUGAACCAGCCCCGCCAUCAUUUCUAACAUUAAACCUGUCAAGUAAUAAACUUGACCAGUUCGAAUUGGAAUUGACAAAUAUACAGAAACUAAUAUUACGAGACAACCAUCUUGGGAAUUUUCUCCGUUUUAAAACUUUUAACAAACACAUAAAAAGAAAUUCCAAACUCAAAUAUAUUGAUAUAUCUAUGAAUCGUAUUUACAAAUUGAAGUCUUCAAUAUUCCAUGGUCAUCCAGAGCUAAGAUAUAUCAAUUUAAGUCAUAACUAUUUGCAAGAAGUGUUAUUUGACGUGUCACAGGCAAAUUAUCUAAAAUAUUUAGUUUUAUCUAACAAUUUUAUCUCAGGUUUUAAUCAGAAAUCAAUGAAAAUGUUUGAUCAUCUUUCUCUCAAUUCUAACCUUUCGAUUUUUUUAUUGAAUAAUUCAUUAGAAUGCACAUGCAAAACAUUGCUAUUUUGGAAAUGGAUAGUCGUAACUCGUGUUAAUGUAUUCUUUGAUCGCCGAUGUGUGUCGGAAGAUGGAACUGUCGUAAGAUUCCUUUCUACAAAUAAAAUUAUUCCGAAGUUAGAAAAAGAGUGCAUAGCAUAUACCAGUUUCAUCAUCAUCGCUUCAAUUGUUCUGGUGGCUACUCUGAUUUGUAUCGCUGUUGCUGUUGUUUAUAAAUACAGAUGGAAACUUCGUUAUAUGUUUUACCUUGCUAAAAGCAAACAUCACAGACAUAAAGCAAGCACUGAUGAUAAACAGUAUGUGUAUGAUGCUUUUAUUUCUUACUGUGAACACGACAAGUCCUUUGUCAUAAAUGAUUGCAUUAAAAAUUUAGAAAUGGAAAGAAACUUCAAACUAUGUGUACAUCAACGCGACUUUAUACCAGGUGAAGAAAUUACGACUAAUAUUACAAAUGCAAUACAUGAAAGCAGAAAGACUAUAUGCAUUCUAACGAAACAAUUUUUUGAUUCCUAUUAUUGUAUGUUCGAGUUUAAUAUGGCCCGAAUGGAAAGUAUCUAUUCAAGGGACAAAAGGAACAUUAUUUUUCUGAUCUUUGUAGAGCAAAUUCUACCGCAAAAUAUGCCCCUUGUGUUGUUGGAACUUGUACAAAAGGACUCGUAUAUUGAAUAUCCAAAUGAUCAACAAGGGAAUGUAGUAUUCUGGGACAAAAUUGACGAAGCAUUGCGCCAAUGAAAUUAAUACGAAUAUAUAUCACAAAAAUGAAAAAUUAAAGAAAGUUAGAACAUACAAUUAAUGCAAAAAUAUACCACCCUAUCCAAAAUCGUUUAAAAUUUGUUUAUUAAAGUACCUGUAAUAUGAAGAUGAUCAGAAAAGGAUCUGUCUAAUAAUUUCGUAUGUUAAGAGAUACAUUUAAUUUGAAUUUUUAUUGUGAACAUUGAGCAUUUGCUUAAUUGUUUUCUUCCUAUUAUUUGACAAUCGUACUCUGUUAUUUAUUUUUAUUAAACACAUUUUAUAGUUUAGCGGAGAAAAAGGUAAUUUUAUUCUCGCCUAGAGUAGAAAUAGCAUUUGUGAAUUCUUAAUUAUCAAUAAACGGUUGAUGACAAAAGUCAUUUAACAAAUAAA